GGCCGAAGCAUCAUUGACUGAGGUAAGCAGUGAGGUCAUACCUUAAUCACAUUCAAUGACAGCGUAAUUCACAUCCCAAGGCUUUACUUACUCGACGACUGCAGCAAUUAGGGAAGUCGCCUACAAAGACUGGAGGGCUUUCGUGGAUAUCUCCAAAGCCAAACGUAUCAUACUCUGCAAAGCUGCACCGAGACCAAACGCUCUUGAUCAAACUGGUAAGACUUGAGUUCAUAUACACCCACCAAUACUGCAUCUUCAGCAUCAUGGGCUUCGGCAACGAAUACGAGGAGCAAGUUCGAGCAUGGGGUUUCGAGCGCGUCUUCACCUGGAGCGAUUCGCCAAACACUCACUAUCCACCACACUCACAUGCCGCUCUUACGACUCAUCUGAUCAUCGAGGGCUCGAUAACUAUUUGGUAUCCGCAAGAAAAGGACAGCCAGAAGCAGGUAUAUGGUAUAGGGUCACGUAUUGACGUCGAUGCAGGAAGGAUUCAUGAGGUCCAGGUCGGUGGAAGUGGGUGCACCAUGGUGAUAGGUGAAUAGGUGAAUGAGGAAAAGAGUGAACAGUUUCGCUUUUGUGUUGAGUUCGAGAACUUGAUUUCGACAACAAGGUCACUGAGUUCCUGGCUUAGGGUGGCUAUGCCUUCACAUAAUACACAUUGUAUAUAGCAAUGUCUAAGGCUCAGCAAGCAUCUUACACUCGUUCAAAUAGCAUACACGUUCUGAAUUAACAGGGUGAAGUAUAGUCUUGAUGCGUCAUCCGCUGAGAGCUCUGGAAGCAUUUCGAGUGUUUGAGCAGCAAAAAGAGUGAGACGAUAGAACGUGACUACCAUGGUUGGACGAACAGGGAAUCGAACCCUGGACCACUCCCAGAUGAAGGGUUGAUGAGCAACGAAGCCAUGCUAAGGGAGUAUUAUACCACUAAACCAUUCGCCCGAAACUAUUGAGUUAUGGUUUCAAAGGAUGUAAUAUUUGCGCUUGGCUAAGUGGAUACUGUAAAGUUCCGUUUGUAGAUUGGAGAACAUUUGGCGUCAGUUGGAGAUAUCUGGUACAGGGUGUAUGCCUUAUUGGAAAGCCUGUGAAUAGGCUAGUAAGAGGUAUCGCCAAAGAAAGCUUUGCUCUGGGUUCUUUCUUUGCAUCCAUGAGAAGAAAAUCGUUGCGGGGAACGUCAAGAAGUGAAGAGGUUGGGUAUGCAUGUGAAGAAC